AUGUCUGAUAAUAAAAACAUCGACAGUGGUACUACUGCAAAGGAUCAGGCUGAUGUCGAUUCCAAUUUAGCAGUGACUCGAAGUGAUGUGGCCAGUGUGACAAGUAGAAGUAGUGUGAAAAACGUCAAGACAACAACAGCAGAAAGACAAAUAAAAUUCGAAAGAGCUCAAAAGUGUCUAGAAAAUGCUGCCCUUGUAUCCAAAAGGAUCAAAGAGCACAGAAAAGCUACAGCUGAGUUAUUGGGUCGACCUUUUGAAGAUGAUGUUACAGACAGCCAAUCAGAAUUGGCAUCCGCCGUAAGUGAAAAGACUGGAUACUCUGUUGCUAUAGACACAUCAACAACUUUAUCUGUCCAAGAUGCUCUUAACAUUCCAGGUAUAAGUGAAAGUUUAGCAAACACUUUAAAACAAAAGGAAAUCUUAAUGGAAAGAAUUAAGCAAUAUAAAGAAAUAAGCAAGAGGCCAAUUAAAACAUCACCCCUUAUAAAGAAAGAAGUUGAGAGUGCAGAAGCAAGAAAGAGUUCUGACAAUACUGAAGUUUUUAAAUUAACGAAUAUUGUAAAGGAAAAAGAAAAUGCUUUAAGCAUCAUGCAAGUUAAAAUUAAGGCAAUGGAGGCUACAAUAAUGGACUUACAAGAAAAAAUUCAUGAAAAAGACCAAAUAAUUGAAGCAAAGAAUAAAGCUACAACUAUAAUAUCCGAUAACUUAACAAAAAAAGAGAAAGACACGUUAGACUUGCUAAAAGAUACAAAAGAACAAAUGACCAAAAUGCAAAACAAUUUUAUCGCCAUGGAAAGUGAGUGGAAAGAAGAAAAGUGUAAACUAUUAGAGGAAAUAAAUAUUAAAGAUGAAAAAAUAAAGAGCCUCCAUGAAGCUAAUACGAUACUAGAAAACUCGCGCUUUGAAAUCAGCAUUGCUAAUUCAAAGUUAGUAGAAGAACUAGAAUUGAAAAACAGGGAAAUAAUAAAGUUACAAGAAAAACUAUCUGAUUUAAGCAAAACAUCACAUAUUAUUAAACCUGAAGAGCCAAUAGAAGAAGAAAAAGGUUCUAAGGAAAUUCUGGAUAUGACAGAAUUGACUAAAAAGAUUGAAAUAUUAGAACAACUAAACUUCCAAAUUCGGCAAACUAAUAAAGAGCUUGAAAAUCAGCUUUCUGCUUUAAACAAAGAAACAAAACCCGGUCCAUCUAUCUCUCCAAUGAAAAAAGGAAGCCCUUUGCCGUCGAGAAAAGGGAGAAAUACUGCGUCAAAAAUGAAAUCGCCUUGGAGUAAGUUGUCGGCAGAAGCUCUGAAUCAAGAAACUGAAAAGAAAGUAGUUAAAACUGAGACAACCAAAUCAGAAAUGAUCUUGCAAGCUCUUAACAAAGACAUCUUAGACAAGGAAUAUGUAAUAUCACAAAAAGAAGAUCUUAUUAGUGAAUUACAAUUAAGUAAUAAUGAAAAAGAAAGUCUUAUUAAUAAACUUAAAGAUCAAAUUCUAUCUCAAAAAGAAAAUAAAGUUGGUACAGUAGAUGUCGGCUUAUGUACCGAGACAAUUACAGAAAGAAGUGAAAAGUCAGACAACAUAGACUCACAUGAUGAAUUAAAGGAUGUGCAUGAUUUGGAAGUAAAACUAAAGGAAGCCCAAGAGCAAAUUGUAUUACUCAACGAAGAAAUUGAAUCUGCAAAUAAAAAUAUGAUUAAAGUCAAAUCUAACUCCAAGUUAAAAUUAAAACAAAUGCAAAAAACAAUUGAUAAUUUAAGUAAAGUUUCUGACACAAAUGCAGAGAUGGUGCGACUGAAUGAAGAAAUACAUCAAUUAUCGCAAAAAGUUGCAGAAUUAGAAGAGGAAAAAGGAAACCUUCAGUUACACUUAGUGGAUUAUGAUAGCGGAAGAUUAACAGACACAGACAUCUAUAAGAAAAUGUUGGAGAUGGAAAACAUAGCAGAAGCUAGAUUAAAGUCCAUUAGUUUGUUAGAAACACAAAAAUUUGACUUGGUACAAGAAUUGCAUAAUCUUCAACAAAAGAAUGCAGAGAUGGAAGAUAGACUAGCGGAUAUAACACAACUGCAAAAUGAACAAGUUUGUUCAGAAAUAAAGUCCGUCCAAUUAGAAGAACAAAUAGAUCAGUUAACUGCUUCAAAAAAAGAAUUAGAACUUGUCAUAGAAAACUUGAAGCUUGACAAAGAGCAAGUAGAACGCAAUAUUAAUACAAUACUAAAUGAAAAAGAAGAACUGGUACAGAAACUAGAACAUUAUGUUCAAGAAAAUAUGGACUUAAAUGACAAGCUUGAAAAAUUAAGUGCUGAAAAAGUAAGUUCAGCAGAGUCAAUUGAGAUUGUGGAAUCAUUAACCACUCAGGAAAAAAUGGAAAUUGAAAAGUAUAAUAAAAGUAUUGAAGGGGAAAAGGCAGACGAUAACACCUCUGACAGCAACGGGGCUUCAAGCUCUCCAGAAAACAUUAGUAUAUCUAAAAUUCUUCAUGAAAAUGCAGAACUAAAAAGCAAAAUUGAAUUGUUUUCACAAGAAAGGCAAGAAGUUAUGGAAAAAAUGAAUAAAAUUUGUAUAGAAAAUAAUAAAAUAAGUGAAAAUAUUGAAGACUUGGAAAAUGAAAAACGACAUCUACAGAUUGAAAUUGAAAAAUUAAACGAAGAAAAAAUUACAAUGUCAAACCUACAUCAAGAACUACUUUCACAAAUAGAUGAAUUAAAAAAUGAACGAGUAGAAAUAAUAAAAGAGGCAGCCGAUAUAAAACCAUUGACGUCGGACGAUUUAGUAGACAGUCCUUCCACUGAAGGCCAUCAAGAAGAUAAAAGUGUUAAUGACAAGUCAUCAAAAGGUGCCAAAACUGUAAAACAACUUACUAAAGAGAUACUUAAAUUGAAAAAUAUUAUUAAAGAGAGGGAGGAUGAAAUUGGAGAUUGUCAGAUGAAGAUACUUUCUCUUGAGGAACAGCAACAAAAACAAAAAGAAAUUAUAAAAACUAAUACAGAUUAUGAAACAAAAAUUUCGCAACUUUCUGAAGAAAACAAAAAGCUAAAAACUGAAAAUGAUUCGUUUGCCAAUGACAAAACUGAACAAAUUAAAUUCAAAGAAACAAUAGAAAAUCUACACCACGAAAUGCAGCGCGUUAAAAAUGAAUACAAUUCGGCGUUGCAUAGCCGUGAUACAAAAAUUCAGGAAUUAGAACAUUUGUUAGUCGAAUAUGAGAAACAAAUAUUUAGUUAUGGCAAUUCAUUACAGCAAAAGGAUAAAGAUUUAAAUGACUAUAUCAAUCAAGUCACUAAACUUAAUGAUAUUUCUCAAAAGCUAAAAUUAAGAGUUGAAGCUUUAGAAGAAGAAAAGGCCAAAGAUCAAAAUGUGGAGGUAAUAAAAUCUUUAAAUAAACAAAUCGCACUUUACCAAAAUGCAUUGGCCGAUUGUGAAGAUAAAUUGAGGACACUCGAAGAAGAAAAAUCUCAAUUAUCGUCUGUGAAAACAAAGUUAGAAAACAAAAAUUUAAUGCUCGAGACUGAUGUCACAAAGCUAAAAGAAACACUAAAUGAAAAUCAAAAAAAUGUCGAAGAGCUAAGACGACAAAUCCAGAAACAAAAAGAAGAUUUUUCAGAAAUCUUAUCACAAAGUAAGGAACGUGAUGAAGAAAUACAUGAAAUAAAAUUACAAUUACGAAAGGAGUCGAUUGAAAAUGAAAAACUAAGAACCAUGAUUCAGCAAAAAGAACAGGAAAACGCUGAAAUGUCACAGCAAUACGAUGACAUGCAGAAAAAAUUUGACGCCAUCAAUACUGAUCAAAACUCGCAAAGUGAGCUUUGCACUACUUUAGAAAAUAAAAAUAAGGAAUUAUUAGAAAAACUUAAAAAAUUUGCUUUGUCUAUUAAAAAAAAGUCUGCUAUGUACUCUGAUCUAGAGAAUCAGCUUAAAGAUUUACAAAAACAAUUUGAAUUGAAAUCUGAACAAUAUGAACAGGCAUUGAUACAAGUAGAAACAAUUCCAGCAUUGCAGGAAAAAUUAAAACAUGCAAAUGAAGAAAUUGAUAGACUUACAACAGAAAAAAACCAAUCCGAAGUAAAAUAUAUGGAUUGCCAAAGAGAAUUUAUCUCUUUACAAAGUAAACAUAGUGAUAGCCAGGAAGAAACAUCAAAAUUAAUUGAGUUCUUGAACUCGGAGAUCAAGCGUAGCCAAGAAGAGAGCGUUCAACUGAAAUCUUAUAUCGAUAGUCUCAAUAACAAAAUUGUAGAAUAUGAAAUAGAGCAGAAAAAUAAUACUAAUCUUUUGACUAAAAUUUCAUGUCUUGAAGUAGAUAUAAAUCAAAAGCAAGCGCAAAUUAUACAUUUAACGAAUGAAUUACAAAAUCAAGAACAAAACUUAAAUCGAUUACAAUUUGGUCAUGACGCUAAGGUUCAAGAGCGUGAUAUGUAUAUUGAAAACUUGCAGAUUGAAAUGGAAAAAUACAAAAGCCGUAUAGAUCGAUUACAAGAAACUAUAUCCGUUAUGGAGAAUAGAAGACAAUCUUUAGAAAGAAAAGCAGACCAAUUAGAUGUUCAAUUACUAGAAAAACAAAAGUCUUAUAGUGAGUACACAACUCAAGAAGAUGAACUCGUGACACGUUUGGCUGUUCUAAUGGAUCAUGAUAGGGUUUUAGAAAAACAACUUCAAGAAAUCGAAAAGGAUAACAAAGAAUUGCAGAAUAAAGUACAGAAUUUGACCGAAGAGCUACUUACUAUACAAAAUUCUUAUUCCAAUCUACAACAACAUUGCAGUAUUUUAGAAAACAAAUCUUCUAAAGUAGAAGCGUUAGAGAUAGAAAAUAGUUCAUAUAGCUCUAAAGUUGAAGGCCUAGAAAAUGAAUUAAGGAAACUUACUUUGGAACAUCAGCAUAUUUUAGCCCAAAGGACAGUAGAUAUUGAGGAUAUUGAGGCAGAGUUUAACACUCAGAUUGAAUAUGCUAUUAAGGAGAAGAAAGUGAUUAACGAAAAAUAUGAAAAGCUGAAGGAGUAUGUGGAUAGGUUAGAGAAUGACAUCCAAGAGUAUAGAAACACAAUAGAAAAUCUUCACAUUAACAUUAAUGAACUAUCAAGCCAAAACAAAAAAUUGAAUGAAAAAUCAAUAGUGGAAAGUCCUGUAACUCCAGAUUAUACAGAUCAGUAUAUUACUGAAAUUAAUAGACUAAAUGCUGUUAUUAAUAGCAAGAAUAACCAAAUAGAUGAGUACAAAAGCAAUAUUAAUACAUUAGAACAAGAGUUGAAUUCAUUGCGAUCUAGCGUAGAAAGUAAAAUAGAUGAGAUAUCGAUGAAACUUAUGCAAAGUGAACAACAAUUGGACAAUUUGCUUAAAGAAAACGAAGGUCUGAAAUCAAAGAACCUCGAAUUAAAUGACUUAGUAUGUCAAAGAGAAGACCAAAUUAAACAACUUCUGGAAAAUAAAAAGGUUGUGUUUGAAAUGAAUAUACCAAAGACAGAAGGAAUGACUAUAUCGUCAACGAUUGAAGAGUUGAGUGAUGAACAGAAAUCUUUGUCAGCAUUACAGUCACAAAUUCUUUCUGACACAGAAAUAUCCAAUCAGGAAAUUAUGGUUAAAAAGGAAACAAUUAACGUGGAAAGAUCACUAGAUACGGCUCAGUCAUCUCAUAGUUCAGUUGAACCCUUAAUCGUGCCCAAGAAAGCAUAUUUGUGUUCUAAUGAAGAGCAUAGUGACAUAAAGGAUCCAUUCAACUCCGACGAAGGUUGGGGUUUCGGAGACAGCGAAGAAACUUAUGACGUAACACCUGGAAUUACACAGUUAAGUCAAGAAAUAGAAAAACUUAAGAGUACUAAUGAAAAUUUGAAAAAAGACCUCGAUAGUUCUAAUGGGAAAUUGAUUAAAGCGUUGAAAAAAUUAAAGGAGUUGAAAAACGCCAAUGAUAUGUUGGCAAAUGAAUUGAAAAUUUCUAAACAGAUAGCUAAUACUUCUAUGUUAGACAUGGCUAUAGAAAGCGAAUUAUCUAGCAAUCUUGAGAUACUGGAGAAAAAGGUUCAAGAGCUAAACGAAACUCUUAAAAAAGAGAAGAGAGAUAAGGAAACGCUCAGUAAACAAAAUGAGAUUCUGAAAAGCGCAAAUGAAAAAUUAAUAGAAAUGAAAGAAAAGAUGGAUAACGAAAUAGAGUUAUGGAAAUAUAAUUUCAAGCAAGCGAAUGAUAAAAUAUCUUUAUCUAACCAGCCUUCUCAAAUUGAAAUUUCGCAUGUGAACCGAGCGCACUCUGAAAUGACUACUUUAACUAGAAAGGGUGAUAUUAAACUGGAAGAAGAAGUAACUAAACUCGAAAAUGAGAACGAGGAAUUACAAAAUCUUGUUGAUUCUUUAAGUUGCAGCAAUAAAGAACUAACAGAUAAGGUUCACGUAUUAACUAGUGAAAUAAAUAUUCUCACUCAGAAAUCUUUAGAUUUGGAUAGAAGUAAAUCUUUAAAAUCUGAGCUAGAUGAUUUAAAAAUCACUCAUAACCAUUUAAAUAAUAACUAUGAAAAACUAAAAGCUGAAGUUUGUGAUUUACAGAAACAAUCCUCAGAACUUCUAGAAAACAAUCAAUAUUUAAAAUCGUCGUUGGAAUCUCAACAAAUAUCACAUGAAAGUGAUAAAAAGUAUAUAAUUGAAAACUCAGCAUUAGUAAGUGAAAUACAAACACUUAAAGUUGAAAAAGAAGAAAUCUAUCAUCAAAUUAAUUCUUUAAAGAGUUCUCUCGAAAAUGCCGAAUCAUUGUUACAACAAGAAAAGCAGAAUGUAAUAGAGAACAACCAAAACGCAAUAGCAAAACAAUACGAAGAUAUUCAGACAGAAUGUGAAAAUCUAAAAAUUCAGAUAAACAAGGCCAAUGAAACAAUUAAUGAUAUCACAAUGGAAAAGUCUUCAUUGUUAGAAAAACACCAAGAUCAAAUUAAUGAUUUAGAAUCAAAAAUUGAUAAGUUGAACUUAGAAAACGACCAGCUUUUGUCAACUGUUACAGAAUUGCGGUCUUCGGUGUCAAGUGCCAUGGAUCAGCGUGGUUUUGAAAUCGCAGAAUUAUGGAAACAGCAUUUGGCACAAAGAGAAAGUGAAUUCCAAUCUAUUGAACAGGAUCUUAGAAUGCAACUAAAUGCUUCUGAAAGUAAAUAUGAACAGUUUCUUGAAAGUGUGCAAUCAUCCACUCAGGAAGACACAAAUAAAAUAUUAAUAUUAGAACAGGUAACUUCGCUUCAAAACAAACUGCAAGAUAAAGAAGAAUAUUUAAAUACUUUACAAGAAAAAUAUGCAGAUGUCAUACAUCAACUAGAUUUAUUGCGGUCAGAGAUGGAAGACGAAAAACUGUUACAUGAGAAUAAAUUACUGGUUCAACAAGAAGAAUACGAAAAAUCUAUUAAAGAUUUGCGUAGUGAGAUGCAAAAACAUAUAGAUGAAAAUGAAUCUAUUGCCACGCUUCAGACAGAGCUUAUCGCGACCAAAUCUGUAAACGAAAGCUUAAACCAACGUAUCGAAGAAAUCUCCAAAAACUAUGAACUUAAGAUAUCUGAUUUAUCAAAAAUAAUUCAACAAAAGGACAGUGAGAUAUUUCAAAAAACACAUGAUUAUACUAUUAUGCUUGCCGACAGGAAUAAUGAGUUUGAAGGUGUUAGAAAACAAUUUUUGGAGUAUGAAAAGAGAGUUGAGGAUUUAACUUAUGAAAAAGAAGCCGAACUGGCUAUUCUCAGGCUUAAGAUGCAUGAAAACAGUGAACAUUACCAAAAAGGACACACAGAGUUAGAGGCAGAAAAGCUAAGAUUAUCACAAGCGUUGAAUGAAAAGAUUGUCGAAUGCACUAAUCUUAAUAGGCAAAUCACUGACUUGAAUAGAGUACUUGAAGAAUACGCGAACAGAGCCGCGGAAACCCAAAUCGUUUUGGAAAGUCAAGAGUUGGAGAUAGUAACGCUUAAAGACGAAAUUGAAAGUAUGAAAACAGCGAUGCGCGCUGCCACUACAAGGAUUGAGAAACACGUAACUUUCGCCUCUGAUACUAAAACUGGUUCCGGAGACCCUACAGAGGGUAUAGUGAAUAAGGAAUUAUUGGAUGCUGUACCGAGAGCAGAGUUAGACCUAGCUUUGUACAUGCUGCAUCAGAGGGACGUGCGCUGUGAGGAACUGACGAUGGAAUUAACGCAGCUGUUAGAGGAGAGGGAUACUUUGCAGUUACGAUUGUCGGAUAGCCUUCGAUCGUAUGAAGAACUCAAAAUGCGGUACAGCUCAGUGGGCCUUGAUGUCUCGAGUUCGAGCCAAGAUACAAUAUCGGAGCUUCCGAGCUUCAGCGUAGAGAAAGAAUCGCAAUUUGUAGAUACGCAUCGUACGCCGGCGUCGAGGAGUAGCAGCAUAAGUGAGACAGACGGAGAGAAACCUAAAUUGCAAGCUAAGUUGUCCGAGUUGCGUAGCGUUAAGCACAGUCGAGACGUGCGUCUGCGCCACGAAAGCGAGCAACGUCAAAUGGGCAUGAGACUCCUUCAGCGAGACGUGGCCAACCUGCCCCCAGAGGCUGUUGAACAGCUCAAUCAAGCACAUCACACGCUCUCUCGCGAUUCCCAAAGCACGCCCACUGUACUCCUGAACUGGCUUCGUGGAAAGAGCACUCCUAAAGUUGUCCAUAUGUAA